AUGAGUUCCAUUGAACAACAAACUCAUGGUAAGGAAUGGGUUGUUUUGCCUUCAAACCGAAAGACCCAAAUGGAUGACUGUUCAACAAAUGGGACGUCCCAAAACAAGCUAUUGUUCAAUGAGGCCGUGCCGCCCAGCAUUAAGAACCGUGCCACAGCCGUGGGUCCUCCGGCUGCCAUAGUCAUCGAGAAGCUACUCCCCUUGCCAUCCGACGAACAACAGAAGGAUACAGAUAGUGUGAAAAGCUCGAUCAAUUUUACCAUGAUCUCCGAGGAGAAGCUUCGAGCUGCUGUAGAGCUAGCCAAGAGGGAUUUGCAGCGCCUCCGUUUCCGUGCAAUGUGUGGCGCUGACCCCCCGGAGGACGCCUCCAUGAUAGACGUUAGCAAUGUGACCUUGCCUCGGGGAACGACCAAAUUGAGUGUGAAGGACAAAAUGACGAGACCUGGAUCCAAACAACCAGCGUCCAAGCGGAAUCCAGUUCCUUCCAAGCGAAUUGGUCGUCUGUACACCUCAUCAAGCCCAGCAGCAGGUGUGGACCAGCACUAUCUCUUAAGGCAGGAGGUCUAUAAGCUUCAGAACGAGCUUGAAAGUCUUAAAAAGGGCUUGAAUCCAAAAGUAAACCGGCUUGGACACAAAAAACCAGAGGACGCAACUAAGGAACCACCCGUGGUGUCCAGGAGGCACAUUCCUCGUCCCUCCUCAAAGAUAAUCAACAGGCCAACAGAUGUCCCAGACAACAGACGGGACAUGUUGAUGCUGCAAAAUGAGCUGCUGAAGCACUCAGACAACGCAUUUUCAUUUUGUGUGCAAGAUCUGCCUAUAACCGUGGGCCAACAGGAUCACGUAAACCAGGAGAUGCACAAGCUGGACGCAGAGCUGGAAAAUUAUAUUAGGCAAGUGGAAAAACUGUCUGACAGACACACGUUACGUGCUCAAAAUGAGCACAGUGAGGAAGACGAACUGGAACCCAGUGAGCGCCAGAAGCUGGAGCUGCGCUGGCAGAGAGAGUGUAAGCGCGCAGCACGAAGCAUCUACGCUCUUCAACAACAGAUUAAAGAAAUACAGAGGUAUAUAGAGAAGCUACACAACCAGGACAUAUGGGAUGCUAAAAAGUCCACAGCCAUACAGCGUCUUGCAGGUGUCCAUCGUAGCACGCGGAAAGCCUUGCAAGCAAUUACCCGCCAGCUCGCCGAGCAGUAUCACAGCAAGCUCCCGUCACAUUGUGGAAGCCUUAGCCGGCUCCUUUGUCAGCUCACUCUGUGCUCGGCUAGAAUACAAGUGGAUCCGGGCUCGCCCAUGCCCGAGAUGGCGGCUGACAUCCUGCGUAAGCUCGAAAUUUUGGACUGUGCCAUCAGCAAACAUGAGAUACAGCAAGCUUUGCAAAUCCGUGCUUGUCCUCCACAAAGAAAGCAGUCCACUUAUCCCUGUAUGUUGCCCACCACCAGAGCACCAAAGGGAAGCGGCGCAGCUCGUGGACUCCCCAAAAGCGCCAAUCAACCGAGAAGUUACCACGCACGGAGAAUGAUGACAAAUAAGCGGCGUGAACUGGACCGGUCGGCCAGCCUGAAGAGGGCGCCACAGCAACUCAAAAAAUCCCCUAGCAAAAAGGAGCACCAACCUCCAAAAGUGAAGCGUAUGAAAUGGUUUAUGUCCUGGUAUGGUAAUCUUGGGAAACAGGAUGCGCAUUUCAAGGAGCCAACUGUGUCCUCUCGUCUCCGAGUCAAUCAGCCUCCUCACAGGGAGCCAUCGGUGCCGUGGAUACCGGCGUCAUCGCACUCACUCUCUCCGCCACGCUCUCAUCACAAGGCAACAUCAGAGCCCAGGUGCCUCUCGUCGCCUGUCAAGCCAUCAUCAUCCUCGAGCCUACAAAAACCUUCUGUAGGGUUCAGUGAAGAAGUCCACUUGAGCUCAGAAACUAAUCAACAAGCCCAGAAGGAAGCAUUAAGAGGCGCGUGGUUGGAUAAGACGACCAUGCAGCGACUGGAGGACCUUAACCAGCUAACUCGAGAGGAGGCUCUACGCAUUGAACGACUGAGGGCCGAGGCUGUCUCGCCAACUGAGUGGGCCAAGCAAGCCGAGCAGCAGGCACGAAUGAAAAUCCGCCCUCUUCUGGAUGAGGCCGAGCAUCUUGCCGAAUCUUGGAGCAGGAGCAGGUUGUCGUUGGGGAAUAGGCCGUCAGAGCAGCAUGCAAAGAGGGGUGCUGAGAGAGGCGAGCAGACUAGUGAGAUUCUUCCGGGAGAUCUCCUGGAGGAGGCAGCACAGCACGUUCUGCAAGCCCCCACACUAGAGGGAAUGCUGCAGCGCAUGGAGGAGAUACAGAGAGACCGGGAGGAAGUGAGGAGACGAGUUGCCUCGAUCAACUAUUCAGAAGCUCCUCAGUGGGAGCAAUCAGCAGGCUCUCAGGUCCAGAUUUUGGGCUCAAGGCCAAGUUCUCCACAGCCAAUUCGACUAACCAGACCAGUUCUGAGGCAACCUACGGUCGCUGAUAUUGUUGUUAAAGAACCUGUGGAAAGAGGAAUCCUCUCUGAGACCAGCAGCCUUUUAGAGGAGGCAUCCCGGGAAGAAGGUCUACCGAUAUUCCCUGUUCCACAGGAGGGUGGUGAGGCAACCACGGUCUUGAGUGUACCGGCUGGCAUCCUGGACAGCAUUCGACACUACCAGGAUGACUAUGAGGAAUACCUUCGCCGCUCGGCUCAUGAGCACGGCAGCGGUGAUGUCAACUUCUGGUCCUGCGCAGACAGCCUAGCAGACGAGUUGUUGCAGGAUGCGGUGGCUGACGUGGCGGCUGAGUUCCAGGACGUGAUGGAGGAGUGCGCUGAGGCUGUCUUCACUGCUGAGUUCCUGCAGCUGAUCCACUCACCUCGCAUUGCAUCCUCUUCUUCAGUCAACCAAUAG